CUACUGUGUGCUAGGUACACGGCGUUAGAGGGGGGUAGGGAUGGAUGUGGAUAGAAUAUUGACGUAUAGAAGCCUGUGUUUGUCUCAAGAUACACACCCAUUUCAGGAGCAGUGAGUUUUCAGUGCCUGAAGAAACAAGGGCUCCAGGAUUCAGAGCCCCUUUACCCUAGGGAAGAAAGAAGAGGUUUUCUUCCCUCCCCUCUUUUACAUCCAGUUCCCCUGCUCCAUUUCAAAGCGUUGGCGGUAAAGAAUGCAUGUUGAGUAUCAAUAUUCCGUAAAGCGAAAGAGCGUAAAGUUAUUUUAUGAAACUGGUGAAGCAUGUUUCAGCGGUCGAACCAAGAUUUAAACUUAGGUCCCUACCGCAAAUUCAGCGCUCUUUCUUAUGGUGGUUACUCUGGGUCCUGGACCUGACUGCCUCAUUCUGGAGGCUUCCAGACAGCCACGGUUAGUGCCCAAACCUGAGAGGAUGGCUUCAGAUGGAGCAUCUGCAUUGCCGGGACCAGAUAUGAGCAUGAAACCUAGUGCCGCCCCGUCUCCAUCCCCUGCACUUCCCUUUCUCCCACCAACUUCUGGCCCACCAGACCACCCACCCGGGGAGCCACCUCCACAGCCCAUCAUGCCUUCAGUAUUCUCUCCAGACAACCCUCUGAUGCGCUCUGCUUUCCCCAGCUCACUGUUGGUGACAGGGGACGGGGGCCCAUGCCUCAGUGGGGCUGGGGCUGGCAAGGUCAUUGUCAAAGUCAAGACAGAAGGGGGAUCAGCUGAGCCCUCUCAAACUCAGAACUUUAUCCUUACUCAGACUGCCCUCAAUUCGAUUGCCCCGGGCACUCCCUGUGGGGGCCUUGAGGGUCCUGCACCUCCAUUUGUGACAGCAUCUCAUGUGAAGACCAUUCUGCCCUCUAAGGCUGUUGGUGUCAGCCAGGAGGGCCCUCCAGGCCUUCUGCCUCAGGCUCCACCACCAGUUGCUCAACUGGUCCCCACUGUGCCCCUGGAAAAAGCUUGGCCAGGGCUACAUGGGACAACCGGGGAAGGAGGUCCUGCGGCCACUCUAUCCAAGCCUUCACUAGGUGACCGCUCCAGAAUUUCCAAGGACGUUUAUGAGAACUUCCGUCGAUGGCAGCAUUACAAAGCCUUGGCCCGGAGGCACCUAUCCCGGAGUCCUGACACAGAGGCUCUUUCCUGUUUUCUUAUCCCAGUGCUUCGUUCCCUGGCCCGGCUGAAGCCCACUAUGACCCUGGAGGAGGGACUGCCAUUGGCUGUGCAGGAGUGGGAGCACACCAGCAACUUUGACCGGAUGAUCUUUUAUGAGAUGGCGGAAAGGUUCAUGGAGUUUGAGGCUGAGGAGAUGCAGAUUCACAACACACAGCUGAUGAAUGGGUCUCAGGGCCUGUCUCCUGCAACCCCUUUGAAACUUGAUCCUCUAGGGCCCCUGGCCUCUGAGGUUUGCCAGCAGCCAGUGUACAUUCCGAAGAAGGCAGCCUCCAAGACACGGGCCCCCCGCCGGCGUCAGCGUAAGGCCCAGAGACCUCCUGUUCCUGAGGCACCCAAGGAGAUCCCACCAGAAGCUGUGAAGGAGUAUAUUGACAUCAUGGAAUGGCUGGUGGGGACUCACUUGGCCACUGGGGAGUCAGAUGGAAAACAAGAGGAAGAAGGGCAGCAGCAGGAGGAGGAAGGGAUGUAUCCAGAUCCAGGUCUCCUGAGCUACAUCAAUGAGCUGUGUUCUCAGAAGGUCUUUGUCUCCAAGGUGGAGGCUGUCAUUCACCCUCAAUUUCUGGCAGAUCUGCUGUCCCCAGAAAAACAGAGAGAUCCCUUGGCCUUAAUUGAGGAGCUAGAGCAAGAAGAAGGACUCACUCUUGCCCAGCUGGUCCAGAAGCGACUCCUGGCCUUGGAAGAGGAAGAUGCAGAGGUGCCUCCAAGUUACAGUGGAGCUCAGUUGGACUCAAGUCCUUCUGUUUCUGAUGAGGAUGAAGAUGGCGAUGGGCGGCUUCGGCCCUCACCUGGGCUUCAGGGGGCUGGGGGCGCCGUUUGCCUUGGAAAGGUUUCUUCUUCAGGAAAACGGGCAAGAGAAGUGCAUGGUGGGCAGGAGCAAGCCCUAGAUAGCCCCAGAGGGAUGCACAGGGAUGGGAACACUCUGCCAUCCCCUAGCAGGUGGGACCUGCAGCCAGAACUUGCAGCUCCACAGGGAACUCCAGGACCCUUGGGUGUGGAGAGGAGAGGGUCUGGGAAGGUUAUAGACCAGAUAUCUCUACAUCAGGAUGGCCAUCUAGGAGGCGCUGGGCCUCCUGGGCACUGCCUGGUGGCUGAUAGGACUUCAGAGGCUCUGCCCCUUUGUUGGCAGGAAGGCUUCCAGCCUGAGAGCACUCCCAGUUUGGAUGCUGGACUUGCAGAGCUGGCUCCUCUGCAAGGACAAGGGUUAGAAAAGAAAGUCCUAGUAUUGCAGAAAGGACAACAAACAGGGGGUCAUGGAGUGCUUCCUCAAGGGAAGGAGCCUUUAACAGUGCCCCAGGAAGGCUCUUCAGGAGCCAUGUGGGGAGAUGACAGAGGUACCCCCAUGGCUCAGAGUUAUGAUCAGAAUCCUUCCCCUAGAGCAGCUGGGGAGAGGGACGAAGUCUGUCUCAGCCCAGGACUUUGGCUAAGCAGUGAGAUGGAUGCUGUAGGCUUGGAGCUGCCCGUACAAAUAGAGGAGGUCAUAGAGAGCUUCCAAGUUGAGGAGUGUGUAACUGAGUAUCAGGAAGGCUGCCAGGGACUGGGCUCCAGUGGCAACAUUUCCCUAGGUCCUGGAGAAACCAUAGUACCUGGGGAUACAGAGAGCAGUGUGAUUCCCUGUGGAGGCACAGUUGCGGCAGCUGCCCUAGAAAAGAGAAACUACUGCAGCUUGCCAGGACCUUUGAGGGCCAACAGCCCAACCUUGAGGUCCAAAGAAAAUCAAGAACAGAGCCGUGAAACCGUAGGGGAUCCCAGUGAUCUGUGGGCAGAAGGUUGCUUCCCAUUGCUGGAAAGUGGUAGUUCCACACUGGGGUCUUCCAAAGAAACCCUUCUGCCCACAUGCCAAGGCAAUCUCCUUAUCAUGGGGACCGAGGAUGCCUCCUCCUUGCCUGAAGCCAGCCAAGAGGCAGGGAGCAGAGGCAAUUCCUUUUCUCCUCUGUUGGAAACCAUAGAACCGGUCAACAUACUAGAUGUUAAAGAUGACUGUGGCCUCCAACUAAGGGUCAGCGAGGACACCUGCCCACUGAAUGUUCAUUCUUAUGACCCCCAAGGAGAAGGCAGGGUGGAUCCUGAUCUGUCCAAGCCUAAAAACCUUGCUCCUUUACAAGAGAGUCAGGAGUCUUACACAACUGGGACUCCCAAAGCAACAUCUUCUCACCAGGGCCUUGGAAGCACUUUGCCUAGAUGGGGAACCAGGGAUGCCAUAGUUCCGAGAGAAACUUCUGUUAGUAAAACACGCAGGUCAGCAGACAGGGCCAAAGGAAAGGAGAAAAAGAAGAAGGAAGCAGAGGAAGAGGAUGAGGAACUCUCCAACUUUGCUUACCUCUUGGCCUCUAAACUUAGCCUCUCACCAAGGGGGCAUCCUCUCAGUCCUCACCAUGCCUCAGGAGGUCAGGGCAGCCAGAGAGCAUCCCACCUGCUCCCUGCUGGGGCAAAAGGCCCCAGCAAACUUCCAUAUCCUGUUGCCAAGUCUGGGAAGCGAGCUCUAGCUGGAGGUCCAGCCCCUACUGAAAAGAGACCCCACUCAGGAGCUCAACUUGGGGUCCCCAGGGAGAAUCCCCUAGCUCUGGGAGUAGUUCGACCGUCACAGUCUCGUAAAAGGCGGUGUGACAGUUUUGUCACGGGCAGAAGGAAGAAACGACGUCGUAGCCAGUAGGGAGAAGCCAGACCAUCUGACCCCACUUGCCAGUCCCUAAAAGGUGGGUGCCCCAGAGUAGAUUCCACCCCUGCUGCCCACCAAUGGAGAAUCCCAAUGUUGAAUCUCAUCCCAAUGUUGUUUUGUUGUUCUGCAAAAGUGGCAAGCGUGGAGAGAGAGGUCAGACUGGCUAGGCUGCAGGGGGAAUUACCUUUGGAAGGAGCUAUAUAGAAAAAAAAAUGAAUAAAGUGUUUUUGUUGGAAAA